UUUUUCUUUUUUUUUUUUUUUCUCUAUGUCUCUGACGUGCCCAUGUCAAUGACGUGAAUCGACACUCGACAACUCAGACUACCGAACCCAGGGAAUCAAUGCCCUUCCCAACGACAACUUCCUACCCCUUUACAGCACGGUAGCAAAUGGCGUGUAGAACAUGCAGACGGCAGCUUAUGCUGCUAACCCGUCAAGCUGGCUCGAUUGCAGAGAUCCAAAAUGCUGCUACAGCACAGCGGCUUAUCGCCCCAGUUGUCGGCUCCCAAUCCGGCCAGAGACGAAGCUUCAAAAGCACUCCCAACCAGCCAGCCAUAAAUAUUCGCGAGACCAUUGCUAAGGUAUUCCAAAGCACGGCCGAGCCGUAUCGUAUCAUCAAUGCUACCGAGAAUAUAUACAAAACCUGCGCUCGCGAGGCAGACUAUACCAUCCCCGAUAAGGACAGGAAGGCGGGCACGAUAACUAAGACGGCGGAGGGCGAGGAUAUAGGAGAAGGAAAGACGAUGUGGCAUGAAGAUUUCAAGCUCGCCCCGACUUUCAGCACAUGGUCGCAGAUCACGAUGCUACACCUAUACCUAGUAUUCGCUCGACUACGCGACCUCGAACCGGACGCGGCGCGGUCGUGGCAGCGACAGCUUACAGACCACUUCUUCUUCAACGCCGAGGAGCGCAUGGACCUAACCCACGGAAUCACCUCGCGCGGGCUGCGACACCGCUACCUUAAAGAUCUCUUCGUGCAGUGGCGCGGGGUGAUCGCCGCAUACGACGAGGGCGUCAUAAAAGGGGAUGCCGUACUCGCCGCCGCCGUCUGGCGCAACGUGUUCAAAGCCCGCGAGGACAUCGACGUGCGCUCGCUAGCCGCCGUCGUCAGUUGGAUGCGGCUGUGUCUCAAGAUGCUCGAUCAGAUCCCCGACGAGGCCCUGCACUACCAGACCGAGGCCGUCUUCAAGUGGCGCGCCAAGAACGAGCUCAUGCUCGUCGAUAAGCCCACAAGGGAACUCGACGGGCAACUGGUGCAGGAAACGCCGCCGGUGCAGAAGGUAGCCGUGUAAGGCUCGGGAGGGUGUAUGAUAGGUGCUAGAUAGGUUAAGGAUUAUAAUGACGGCACGUUAUAUGGAGGUGAAAAGUUAGUCUGGCAUAGGGCUUUGCGCAAU